AUAAUAUGAAUAAUGCGUGAUGUUACUCGGAUUCAAUUAUUCCAAUUUGUGCAUUUGACCAUUUAGCUUCGGUUUAAUCCUCUCGUACUCUUAGAAUGAAAUGCAAAAUAAUUGUGUUGCUUUCGGUAGGUCUAAUGGCAGGAUUAAUGGUUCAAUGUGCAGCAGCUUUUCUGGACAGAGAUGGCGCCACCACCGGCAGCGUAGCGUUGCAGCGAUUCAGGCGCACCAUCGGUUCCGGCACCAGCUUCGUAAACUGUUUGGAGAUUGGCGGUACGCGGUUCUGUUCGUACGACCAGGCGUUGUUGGAGGCCAUCGAAAGGGCUGGUCCGGGCGUCCGUGGCGGGUGUCCCGAGGGUCGCGUGUUCCGCCACCGGUGCAACGUGUGUGAGUGCAAACGGGACGGUGCGUUGGCCUGCAGUACGGAUCUCUGCGCGGAGGACUUUUACGACGCCGGCAGCGGACUGCCGAAAUUGUGGUGAACCUUUCACGAGGGGAAUAAAUUGGACGGAAAUUAGUGUAAUUUGUAGCGUGUGAGUGUGUGGCCCAUAACUUGCUGCCGGUGCACAUCGGUGCUAUGGAAUGACUAAAGGUUGGAACGUGCUUGCUAUAGGUCUGCCCAACCGGGCUUAAAUGAAGAGGAGAAUCUAUGAUUUAUGGCGUAAAUGAAAUAGAACCCCGAAAAAUGCCCUGUUGGCUCACACUCGUAAAUCUUGCGGUUGUGAUUGUGAUAGGGCCACAUUCUUUAAACCGAUCGUUUUGUAAUAGACACAUUCUGCCGGUUUGA